CGUAAGCCUGCACUACAUACACCGCGUCGUGAUUAAAAAAAAUAAAGAAAGAAAAAAUAUCAUUCAUCAAUGUUUUUGCAAAAAUACCCUUUGUUUAUUCUGUAUGCAGUGUCAAACAGUUAUGGUUUAAAAGUCUAAAAGAGCUUAAAAAUAUUAUUUCUCGUUAGCGAUGUGCUUCAAUCGAAACACAGAAGGUGUGUUACAGUUGACACAUUAAGGUUUCUCUAUAUACGCUCCAUUUUCGGUGUUUUCAAAGCAGAUGUACGAAUUUUCUACUUUUUCAAUGUAAAAGCUUAUGACAAAAAGAACCUUAAAUAGGUCUGAUAAAUGACCAUGAAUUCAGAAUAAUGCAUGGGGCUUCUGAAGACUCCAAUAUUUUUUAAUACUAAAUCACUAAUAAGAAGUUUACACUCUUUUAAUUAAAAAUGCCGACACGAAAUUCUCUGAAAAAGGACACUGAAAGUCCAAAAACCGUAUGGGUCACCGCUCAAAGUCCAAAACAGGUGAAGUCCAUCUCCGAAAAUUCACAAGUAAAUAGUGAAAAUCAAACAGAUAUGAAAGUCGUGAUUUCUCAGAAUGAAAACUCUGAAACGGUUCAAAAAUUUCCCGAAGGUUCAACAUUAAUGACCUUUGCAAAUGGGUCAAUGAAAGUGCCAAAUUUCGUCAUUACCAACGUGCAGAGUUUGGCAUCAGGUUCUAAAAUCCAGAAAGUAAUCCCUCUGAAAAAGGCACAGAAUAUUGUUCUACACAAUCUUACUCCAGGUGCACGUGGAAAAAAUAUCGGUCGAUUCAGCAAGGUCUCAAACGCAUCUUCACCGACAAAAGUGUCAACCAGUUUUAUCAAAGAGGAAACGAUGGAUGCGUCUCCGUCACAAGAUACUCCUCAGUGGAUGAAUACUCCCAUAAAAAGAUAUGUAGCGAAGAGAAAAAUUAUACCUGAGGCAAGUCUAACUCCCAAAGUUGAGAAUGCCGAUGACGAUCAUGCUUACGUUAAUAAGUACCAGAGUCCUAUCAUUACAUUAAAAAGAAUUAGCCCUCCGAAUAAUCAGACCAAAUCGGUCAAAAUCUCUGAUCGUAUCUGCAGAUUGUGCCUCAAAUACAAGGAUAAUUUGACUCCUCUCUGUUGGGGAGAUCGCACGAAACCACAGUUGGUCAAUUUUUUGAAGAUCUGCUGCACUCUUGAGGUGAUUCAGGAAGAUCCUAUGCCAAAGUGGAUUUGCAACGAUUGCAGAAUAAAGUUGCUGGCAGCCUGGGAUUUUAGAAAUCAAUGCCAAAAGUCGGAUAACAUACUGCGAAAAUAUUAUAAGCUACCUGAAAAAAAUGAUCCCCCGUCUGAAGCUGAUAAAUCUGUUGUUGAACAAAAGGAUAAAGCGAUUCAGGUCCAAUGUUUCGAUCGAUCGAAAAAAGUAAUAUCUAUACAGCAGCCACUGAAGACGGAAACUAUAAAAGAGGACAAAGAGUCGAUUGAUAAACUCGAAAGAGAGAUGGACAUAGUAGGUAACAUAAACGAAGAAGAAAAUGAGGAUAUCGAUGAAAAUGCGGUCUCUUAUUUCUUAGAGUCUUUUGCUCAGGAAAUCAGUCAUGAUAUAGAGAACUCGGAAGCUGAUCGGCCUGAAGAAGCAAACGAAGUCGAAAGUUCCGAGGAGCAGGAAAUUCACCAGCAAGAGGAGGAGGAGGAGGAGGAGGAGGAGGAGGAGGCGAUGGAGGAAGAGAAGACGGAGGCGGAGGACGAGGUGGAUGUGAAAGAUGAAGUGAUAAUCGAGAGAAAGAGGACAAAUCCUGCAGAUAAGGGACUAUUUCUCUGUCACAUGUGUCCCCGAGUUUUCACGACAAAGAAAUUUUUGGAAAGACACGCCAAUCUUCAUCUGACAAAAAAAACUUAUGCCUGCGACACCUGCGGUAAAGUUUUCAAAACCGAAGAAAAACUAACCGGGCACUUGCGGGUGCACGACAAAACUAAAAGGUUCGAGUGCGACGUCUGUGGUUUGAAAUAUGCUUACGAAUAUCUGCUUAAUUCGCAUUUGCGGCUGCAUGGCCGAGGAAAGCCAUUUAAUACGGAAAAGAACUUUUUGUGCGAAGUUUGUAGCAAGUCUUUUGUGUCGCAGUCUGGCCUGAAGCAUCACCAGAAACUGCACAUGGAUGUGAAGCCGUACAAGUGCAAAUUCUGCGAUAAAACGUUCACGAUGCCAAUUUAUAGGAAGAAGCAUGAAGUGCGACACGCGGCGGACAGACAAUUUAAGUGUCAUUUGUGUCCGGCAAUUUAUGCUUCAACGAAUGGACUGACGAAUCAUCUCUUGAGGCACACGGGAGAGGCGCACUAUCAUUGUGAGACCUGCGGAAAAUCAUUUAGAAGACGGAAGUAUUUAAAUGAACACACUUACACGCACACGGGGGAAAAGCCCUAUAUUUGUAAAAUGUGUGGAAUUGGCUAUGGUAAUUCUGGAAGCUUGUUUGCUCAUCAAAAGAGAUGUAAGCUCAACUUUCUGGAUGAAUUAGAGCAACCGGUGAAUGAGGAAAUUUUAGGUGAUGAGUAGGAGGUGCAAAUGAGGAGAAACGUGUUUUUCUUUUUUCUUUUUUUUUCAAAGAUUUGUUAUGUAAGUUUAUCCUUUAGUUUUAAUAAGUAAGUUUGAGAGGAUUAUAUUCUUCACUUUAAUUGUAUUUCUUUAAUGGAGAAUUCAUUUAUAUUUAAUAAAUAAAGUAUA